AGAAGAAAGAAGAAGGGAGAGACAGAGAGAGGAAAGAAGGAGGGAGAGGGAGAAACAGAGAGGGAGAGAGAGAGAGAGAGGAAGGCAGGCUGUGAGACGGAGCGCGGAGCAGAAACACGGGCAGGCGGAGGAGGACGGAGUGUGUUUUCCACACAGCAGCAGCAGCAGCAGCAGCCCGCCAUCGGUACCGAGCGGAUGUGUAGCAGCUGCCGGAGCGCGUGAGGGAGAGACGCUGUAAAGCUCCGCCGCAGGAGACGGUGUGAGUGUUUAUCCGCCGCACUUCCAUUACAGAGGGGGCGAGCGCGCGCGCGCGCAGGAUGCUUUGCUUGACUGCGCUCCAUUAGGACUUUCUCUGGAGAUUGUAUUCUCCUGCAGGAACAAAAGCACCGAAUCUGCUCCCGGAUUUGGACUUUUUCGUCGACGUGCACUUCCCCCGGGUCCCCGGAGCGCAUGCGUUCUCGGGAAUCAGGGCUGUGACCGGCGCGCGCGCGGGCGAUAUGGCCGCGUCGGGAGGAGCGAAGAGCGGGAAGCUGGACGAGGCGCAGGCGCUCGCGCGGAGCUGUGCGGGGAGACCCGACUUCCUGCCGUGCGACGGGCUCUCCAUCUGCGCCACGCACAGCCACGGCAAGUGCUUCAAGCUGCACUGGUGCUGCCACCUGGGCUGGUGUCACUGUAAAUAUGUCUACCAGCCUAUGACCAGUGUGUGCCAGCUUCCCACCACACCAGUCCCUGCCUCGCCCUCAGAUCACACCGACACCAUAAACCUGUCAAUCUCCCUGACCGAGCGUCUCCUCAGGACCGCCCCCAAAUUCAGAGCUCCACCCUGCCCAGAAUCCCCCAGAUUCUGCAUCAUCUCUGACCUUUUCGUCGACGACUACAUUGUAAAACGGAUCAAUGGCAAGAUGUGUUACGUUCAGAGGCCUCCUACAGCAGUGCCUGUUCCUCGAGAGAUGGCGCCGGCCUCACCAGCCCAGCCGCCCAAUCAGCAAGCUCAAAAUCAGCCAUCCCAAGUAGCCCAAACUCCAACCACACAAGGCCAAAAGGGUCCCAAAAUGGACCACUGCUCCUCACCAUCCAGCUCAGAGGACUCUGGGAUAAACGCUUUGGGUCUUCACUACGUAGAGUCGUGUGAGGAUGAUUCCUGUGAGGAUGAUGAGGAGGACGAUGAGGAGGAGGACGAUGAGUUGAGCACAGAUGGCAAUUCCAGUCCCGGGAGCCUUUGGGAGCAGGACGAAUGCGCUCUACUCUCGCCGUCCAAGUCAACUCUGGAGAUAAUUGAGAAUAUUGAGACGACUGUCUAACACAUCAAGACAGAUUGUGUUUUUAUGCUUUUUUUUUUUUGACAACACAUGCAUGACCAGUCUUCAGCUUGAGGAUGCAAGUUGGUUACCAAAACAAGAGCACAACAAGAGCCAACUGGUCACAUGAUGAUGAUAAUUACAUGAAAACCUUCUCACUUGUCCUCCUCUCAGUCAGCUCUAACACCCUUCAUGUCCUUUAUACACGAGUCUCCUCUUUGCAUGGUGACCCUGCGAUGGAUUAUACGCAGUAGAUUUCGCAAAUACAUUCAUGCAUGUAUGUAGUACCACGUACGGCCAAACGAAGCUGUUUCGCAGGUUUUCUGCACAGGCUAAGAGUGAGUUUAAAAUGAACUGUGACAGAUACACAAGCACACAUUUCCUCAGUAAACAAGGAGCUAGUGCUUACUCUACAGGAAUAACCUUGUAUGGAUAUUCUGUCUCUCUCUCUCUAAGGACCAGAAUAUUAAAUACAUCACGAACGAAUGGAGGAGAAUAUGAUAGGCAAUAAAAGGAAGCAAUCUUCUGUAGAAGACGGAAAAAAAGUGGAAGAAAUUGAGAGAGCGAAGGGUAGAACAGGGUGAGAGGCUCCUCAGUCUUUUUUAAGCAGGCACCAUUUGAAGUGUGAUUAAAUCAUGCAUGAGUUCAGAAGACUUUAAGGACACGAUGUGAAGACCACAUAUUCACAAGUCUUAAGAGUAUCAGCUUACAUCUUCCUUUCAAUUUUUCCUUCCUCAACACUGAAGAGCCCUGAAGCUUUCAUGAGUUUUAGCAGAAUGAAUUCCAAUGUCUCGACAAUCAAUUAAUGAUAUACGGUAGAUCUAGGGGUAGUUUCAAAGAACUGAAUAUCAGCAGAACUCGAUUGGGGGUGAUGGUGUGUCAUGUCCUCCUUAAAGCACAGCGUGGACACUUUGAACCCUUUGUGUAGCAGUGUGAAAGCUACCACGCCGCUCUCAUCACUGAAACCAAAUCAAAGCUGUAGUUCAGAAAGCAGCAGUUAUUUAUUUGAGGAUGUUUAUUGGCAAUGCUUCUGUUUUUCCCAACAAAAUACUCACAGCCUAUUUAACAACCAAUGAUGUAUGACCUCAGCAAAUGAUGAACUCGCUCUAUUGUCUUUGGAUGGAAGUGAUUAUGUAUUUUAUACUACCAUGGGCAACCGUGGGCAAAGGUCAUCUCUACAUCCUAAGAGACGCAUUUUAGAGUGCUUUGAAGCUGGCAGCCCACACGUAAAAGCACAGCCUGCAUGGACCUGAGAGCUACGUGCCAGCAGAAUUUAAUACCAGGCAUUAAAAACCACUUCAGCCCAACCGAGAAACACUGAUUAUUAAUGCAAGUGCAUGAAAUCGCUACAGUCUGAUAUAAUCGUUAUGAUUUAGCUAGUCUCAGACAUAAAUGAGAUUAAAAUGAUGCCCAGCAUAAAGUGAUCCAACCCUCCCUUUCAGUGCAUUAUACAACUGUACAGCACUUUCAUUUUGGGUUCAGAAAUCCCUGAUUAUAAUGGGAUUAUAAUUGUAUUUAAAUCACAUUCAAAACAGUUGUGUCAAUGCUUUAAGAAGGAGACUGUUAAGGAUCGAUGUCGCCUUCCUCCCCGGAGUGGACGCUAAACUUUUGUUGACAGUCCACUCCUGUCUGUCUCUGAUGAUGGCUCCAGUCUGUGAUAAUAGCAUCUCUGGUUAUAAGCACAGAACUAUGUCACUGCCUGAGCAUUUUGAAGCUGCUUAAGUAGAAAACCUAAUGGACCUGUCAUGCAGCCCUGAGGAACCCCACACUCGAGUAUUUAUAUGAUUACCUCUCCUGCUGGUGGAUAAACAGAUGGGCGUCCCUGUAUCUCUGCAGUUUUAUAUCAGGGAAUAAUACUGUAGCUAUAAACAUGUACUGUAGAUACACAAAUGCUUAUCUCGGCUUUAAAUAAACCCCUUUCUUAUAUGAGUUAAUAUUAUUUUUAGAUCGUAUUUUUUUCUUACAAACAAAUCCAUAAUUGCUGCCAUGUUGCUCGUUUUAGAUUCAGAUUAUUCAGUUUACACUGUUGUAUGCAGUGAUUGGAGAGUAAAAAUCUAAUAUCUGUCAAUAGCUGGACAGAGACACUAUUAAUGCAGUACAUCACGAGGUCUGAUGCCACCGAGAGCUUAUGUUCUGAUAAAACUGACCUUUAAUUAUACACCAGAUAAGAGGUUAUUACACACUUCACGGCAGAUAGUCAGCACCAUUCAUUUACAGCAUACACCCUUAUCCAGAUUGACUUUCAGAAAUCUAAGGACAUUACAUUUAUACAACUGAGCAGUUGAGGGUUAAGGUCCUUUUUGAAGGGUCCAGCAGGGGCAACAUGGCAGUGCUGGGAUUUGAACUCAUGCUCUUCUAUUCAGUAGCUGAAUGCCUUAACCCCUGAGCUACCACAGUCUCAUUCUUGAGUACCGAAUGUGAUAAACAGAAAAGUUGUAAACCCUGCAUCCAAAUCAAAAGUACUAAAUUUACAGUUUUGUCAUCUGUCCUUUUGUGUAACUUUACUUUGAUUUGGAAGUGUGUGCUCAGUCUAUCAACUUUGUCCUCCAAUUGCAUUUUGGACAAAAAGCAUGCUAAAGGAAAUAAUCUUCCUCAUUCACAUUCUUUACAGCUGCUGCUGUAUUUAUCAUGAUGCGUUAUGGAUGAAUCAGUGAAGCAGGCUUUGAAAUAUUAACCCCAAUGGACAUCCACUCUAAGGAGCCUUUCACUCUGUGUAACCACUGACAUGUUAAUGGUAGACUGUAUCAAUCUACAGCCUGGGGUAGAAAGAAAUCUGCCCCAGCCCCACUUCACUUUAUCCGAUAGAAUCCAUUUUAAGACAUUUGUUAACAUCAAAUAAUCUCAUGUGAAUGCCAAAAAUGAAACCUUUUAUUGAUGUCUUUUUAUCUGGGGACCAUACUGGUUGUAUCAUCACGGAAGAAUCUUACAAAUUCCCAGAAUAAUAAAAGCCACCCUGUAAAA